CUCAUAGCUGUCUAGUUCUCACAGUUCUCUGCCGUCCAGAGAAUACAACGGGAGCUACUGUGUCGGCCUGUUCUGUUCGCAGCUUCAAAUUCAGCAGUGUAUGAGAAGAAGAGGUGUGACAAAUGAUGGCACCCCAGUGCUGGCCUCUGCUAAACUGAUCGUGAGUACCGGGUUCGGUUAAGUGUUGGAUUGGGCGUGGUCAGUCAUGGAUAGCCAGUGCAGCAGCAGUGUGGAUUCUCGAGUCACCCCCAGGGUCCUGAGCUCCAUCAACUCGACCCACAUGGAGUCUUACGAGCUGGGAGAGAAGAAAUGCAUCUCUGAUGUGAGGAGGACCUUCUGCCUCUUCGUGACCUUUGACCUGCUCUUCGUCACACUGCUGUGGAUUAUAGAGCUGAAUGUGAAUGGGGGUAUCCGAAACCAACUGGAUAAGGAAGUGUUGCACUACGACUACCAUGCAUCCUUCUUUGACAUAUUUGUCCUUGCUGUGUUCCGCUUUGCGUCCCUGAUCAUGGCGUAUGCUGUGUGUAAGCUGCGCCACUGGUGGGCAAUAGCGAUCACGACAGCCAUCACCAGUUUUUUCCUGAUUGUGAAAGUCAUUUUAUCAAAGCUCCUUUCCCAGGGUGCCUUUGGCUACCUGCUGCCCAUUGUCUCGUUCGUGCUGGCCUGGAUAGAGACCUGGCUGCUGGACUUCAAGGUGCUGCCACAAGAGACUGACGAUGAGAACAGGUAUCUGUCUGCGCUGGACGCUGCAGAGAGGGCUCCACUCAUGCAUCCAGGCCCCAUGUCUGAUGGACAGUUCUACUCGCCGCCGGAGUCUCUAGCAGAUUCUGAUGAUGAGUUGCUGGAUGAGGAUAAACACGACCCUGAAAAGCCCAUUAUCUAACAGGAACUCACCGCUGCAUGGCAUAAACACAUGCUGUGGACAGCAUACUGGUGUCUGCUGACCCUGAAGCUGAGCAAACUCUCAUACUUUCCACUGUUCCCACCAACGCUGUCUGACUGGGAGGAUGGGGGGGGGGAAACCAGCCACGGGCCCACCACCAUUUUUUUUAUCAAUCCCUGGUCCACUCGUCUCAUUCCACAGAACAAACGUGUGAAGUGCUUUAUGACUGAGACCUUUUGGCUAAAAAGGGCUAUCAGAUAGUAUUCAGAUAAUUUUCUAAAAAGUUUUUUUUUUGUGCUGUACACACACAGCCUGGAGAUUGGUGGCCGUCGCGGUUUGGGAGUGAAGGAUUCUGGGUCGGCUCUGUGCCUGUAAUAUAUGCUCUGCUUGCUCUGCCCUGUACCCACAUGCACACUCACGGCUCCUAAUCUUUACUGCAGAAAGACUCAAAUCAGCUGCAGCACUCCCCUGAUUAUGUGUCAAAAUCUGACUGAGACAUCGUAUCUUGAUGGGCCUCAGGAAGAGGUGCUAUUAGUAUGCACAGUCAUGUACAAUAUAGCACCCUGUCACAUGUAUUUUUUGUAUUUGAUUGUCGCAUGGCAGGCAGAUGAGGCAGCCCCCUGGAAAAGGUGCUCUCGUGUCAUCUAUGUUUUAUGAACGCAUUCACGUACUAGUGAAGGACUUUACAAGUAGUCGCACUGAAGUUUGUUCACAAUGAAGAUAUAAGGGGCUCAAAUAACUGGGCACCAAUCAAUAUGCUCUUAACAUAUGAUGUGAUGUAUUUUUACGCAUGAACAUGUGAUCUGUGAUUGGUUUGUUUUUUUAUGUUGCUGCUUGAUAUAUGAAUGUUUUGUUAAAAAACAAAAAACAAACAACAACUCUGCUCUUGCUGAGAUGAUGACACCACACAAAGAAGAGCUGUGGCAGGCUUCACCGGGCCUGGAUCUAUAGAACUGCAGCAGUAACCAUGUACCUGCUAAUAAGGAUGCACGCACUGUGUGCAGGUUGGGGAUCUCUUGUUGCUGUUUGGGGUGGGGGACAACCACUUGUGACAUCACCACCUUCGAAAAUGAAAUGUAUGUUGUCUUUUUAUUUGCCAUAAUAAAUAUAUAGUUGAUUAUUUUAA